CUUGUAUAGUGCUCAUCCUCUGUGAAUCAGAUAUUUGAAGAUUCCACUCAGUCAGCCACAGAGGUUUGAGUUAACGAAUGGGGGGGUUCGACGGAAAGUAGCUGUAGCAUCGCGCAGAGACUCUUGAAACGGUCCGAGAGAGACUCAAACGGAUGCAAAAUGGCCUUUAGUCGUACACAAAGUGAAUUCAAAAAGGAAAUGACAAGAAGGAAAAGGAAUUGAAAUAUAGAGAGAAUGAAAUAUAGAGUAUGAGAGAGUGAAAAUGAGACGAGAGACACUCUCAACACUUUUUUUUUAGUUUGGUGCAAGACCAGCAUACAUUGAGAUCGAUUUAGAGAAUUUAAUUUUCGCUGUUAGAAGUAGGCUUAUAUACUUGAUUUCUGAAGAAAAUUUUGCUGCUUCCAAAAACUCACCUUGUUCGUCAACCAACCUCGAGGUAUAGAAGGUCGAGCAACUAAGACUAUAACUGCUUGAUAUUCAUAUUGUUACUUCCAAGAAGCUAAAGCUUAAGCUUCUAGUAUUGCUAUAAUUUAUCUUUUGAUUGAAAAAUUUACUGAGUAAAAAUUUGUACUCCAAAGAUGGCCUCAAAAGCGGUGCAAUUUGAGGUGACGAACUCUGCACAAAAGCUGUCACCACAGAAAAAGCCCUGGACCCUAAAUCCAGACCGUUAUCAGAUUGCGGAUGUCAUCGGGACGGGGAGUUACGGUACUCUUUUUUUUGAUGUCAUCGAUGGAACGUGGAGUUGCGGUAUCCUAGUUCCCGCGGUUCUCACGCGAACUUAGGCCUUUUUUAGGUUGAAGUAAAGAUGUUUUUUGCAUCCUAUCCUAUCCUAUCCUAUCCUAUCCCAAACGACUUCUCAUUCUGGCAGGUAAAGUCUUUGGUGCCGUUGACAAGUUUACCGGAAAACGAGUCGCAAUCAAGCGAAGUAAAGAUGUUUUUGGGGAACUGACGGAUUGCAAGAGGAUGCUGCGGGAAAUCGCCAUCCUGAACCGCGUUGAGCACCGCAACGUCGUGAAGCUCCACGAAAUCUAUCUACUCAGUGUUAUGGCCGCCAAAAUUUGUAUAAUGUAGUAGAAGUACGUAGUAAGUAUACCUGAAGAAGAUUGGGCACACGACUACUACUACUACUACUACUAACCACUGGGAAUGAUGUAGUACGAACUAGAACAACAGGAUGAACAGAAACCUUUUUUAUCUUUUGUACUGCAACUAGCAUUCCGAACUACAUCCAACAGUUCUUUCAUCUUUGGGGACGUCGCCGUCUCCUCAACAACAGAUUACAGCUCCUUGAGAUGGUCUCACAUGUAGAUGCGCAAUGCUACGCAAGAAGUACCAUGACCACAUGACAUACUAGAACAACCUGCUUCGCUAACUACGAACGAAGUACCUACCAUAAAUAGAUAUCUUGUCUUUGGUCUUCCUCGGUUCAUCAACAUAAAUGACUACUUAAGUAUUUCCUCUAACAAACGUAGUGCAUCAAAUUUUACGGAAAUCGCACUGGUCCUCGAACAGUGCCAGUUCGAUAUGAAAAAGCUCUUCAAAUCAAACGAGACCCUCAACGAAGCCCACUCACGUGCGCUUUUCUAUUAUGUCGUCUUGGACUUGGUGUAAUGGUAAUGGAUUGUACUAAGUAAUACAUUUACAUAGAAAAUGGUAAGGGAUUGUAAUAGAAAGCAGGUGGUGAAUAAGACAAUGUGGUGAAGACGCUAGUGUUGGUGCUAACCUGUUCAACGUGCUCAACAAUAUCAGGAUCAUGGGGUCUCGGGAGCAACUUUUUAGACAUGCAUACUUCUCCGAACUCAGACCACCGUCAAUGCAAGUAGUUCGUUGAUGAUCAUGAUGUUUCUUCCUCACUCCUUCUCUACCAAAUAGUGUUUUCAUUUUCAACCAUUUCAAGGGGGGAAAGUUGAAAGAGAAAGAGCUUUUUGAUCAACAUCAACACAUUGGUUACUUGUUUUGUGCUGCACAUCAUAAUAUUCCCGAACAAGAUUUCGUCUGCCCCAGCGCUUCAUCAUCCUGAUCGUCCUCUAAUGUUGCCGUAUUUGUUGUGGUGUGCAGUACUUGCAUUCCCGUGGUGUCUGGCACAGAGACUUGAAACCGGCGAACAUCUUGCUCAAUUUACGGACAAAGUUCUUGCCUUCUUCACUGAACCAACUGAACUACUUGCUACCUACAACUUACUCUUGCCUUCUUCACUGAACCAACUGAACUACUUGCUACCUACUUACAAUACGGAAUUACUUACUACUUACUGUUACUACAAGUACAACUACUACCUACUUACUCCUACUUACUACUUACUUCUUGAACUUGAUCGAUCCCUUUCUAAUCGCCGAGGACUGUACAGUGAAGAUAUGUGACUUUGGAUUGGCGAGAGCAGUGGCCACACCAGAUGGAAACGCUUCCCUCCAGUUGCUAGAGGACAAGAAUUCCAAGAAUCAGAGUCGCGACCUGACAGCACACGUCGUCACGCGAUGGUACUUAGAUUUAACAGGAGCUCACGUUGUCACGAGAACUACCUAUGUUGUCACGAGAUGGUACUUAUGUUCUUGUCACGAGAUGGUAGUGGUCAUAUUCUCACAGCAUAUUUUAAAUAGGAGCACUCAAUGUUGAUCCCUUUGUUUCUCUUUUGUGCCAACGACUAGGUACAACCGUGCACGCUCUACUGUUUCUCUCCCAGGCCUCUUUGUUCUCGACAGAUGUAGCGUGUAAGUAGAUACAUCCACUUCGUCCUAGGUACCGAGCUCCCGAGUUGAUUCUUCUGCACGAUUUUUAUACGGAGGCCAUUGAUGUGUGGAGUCUAGGCUGCAUCCUGUUCGAGUUGGCCUUGAUGGAGCCACGCUAUUGUCCGAAGGAAGAUAUUCCGAAAAAGUUAAGAUGACGUGAUACUUUAUAAGUUUUAAUCCUCGUACCAUUUCGUAAAACUACGGCAUUGACGCAUGAUCAGUACUGUGAAGGUAGAUCAAGAAAUUCCCUCCGGUUCAUCUUCUUUUUGAAUGAGGAGAGGUAAUCUUCAGAUCGAUCUUGGCUUCAUAAUCCGUUUAGUAUCAGCAAGUAAUCUCUAAGAAGACGAGUUCCACUUUUUCCGGGAGCAUGCUGCUACCCGCUGUCUCCGCGCAAGGACAAAAACGACAAUCCAGUCGAAGUAUAUCUCCUUUUCUAUAGAAGUUGCACGAGUCUUUUAGCACCAAACACUAGUGAAAAAAUCAUAAGGAAGACCCCGCUUGAAGGUUCCCCAUGCAUCCUCUCCACUUUUUUCCACCUGAAAAAGGUCGACAAGAAGCACGUGGAUCAACUAAGGGUGAUAUUUGAACACGUCGGCACUCCGAGACCUAGCGACUACGACUUCCUCUCCAACCCGGAUGCGAAGUAUUACCUCCGAAAGCAUUUUCCAGUGGAAAAAGCGCGACCGCCCACGUGGUUUCAUCAACGCUUGCAUAAUUAUGGCCUCUACUCCACCUAAGAUUUAAGUACUGGGUGGCAUCAAGCUAACCAUAACUACAGGGAGAAGUGUUGUGAAGUGGAGGAUGAAGAAGACGACAAAAAGAAAAAAAUCAAGAAAAGGUUGCUGGAACCUUUCUUCAUAGGCUCUUUCCGUAACCAUAGGGAUAGUCGCAAACAAGAAUAGGCGCUUCUCAUUUCGAACGAAACAACUUAAUGUUUCUUCUUCAACAACUUUUUAAAAGUACAACAUACUGACACAACUCUUCUUGAAGCCAUCUUCUAACUCUUCAAGAAUAGAUCUGAUAUCUACCUCUUAUUAUAACAUACUGGUAUCUAAUAUUAACUCGUCUUGUCGCCACCUCAGGAUACUUGUCGAUAGUUACCCUUUUCUCUUCUAUAUCUUCCUCUGGUCUGUCUUUUUUCUAGUUAGGUCGGCUCCACCACAAAUAUUAACUCGUCUGGAUUUUUUACUUGUUCUGAUAUCUUAGGGAGAAUAAGUUUCUUGAAUUCUAAGGCCAAUGAAAUUGUUCUGAUAUCACAUCAUCUAAUCCCCCGUCGACCCUUUGUUGGAUGAUGCCUUGCGCCGCUUGUUGGUCUUCAACCCUGCGAAGCGCACAACCUUACGGGCCUGCAUGGAACACGAUUUUUUGAAGAAAACACGAACGGAGGAAAGGCAGAGAGGGUACUAUGAUCAUAAAUAUUUUAUAAGUACUCUUGUGCUUGUGGAAGAAGCAACGUGGUAUGAAGAGCAAGAGAAGAAACUACGUCCGAGGAGAGAUAUGGAUCACUCACACGUCUGAACACAGCAGAUGUGGUUGUUAACUGACCAAAUAAUAUUAAAAAUUCAACGUCAGCACCUCCUAUGUUCAAUUCCCUAUGUUCAAUUCGCUUUCCGCCGAUAGGCUAUUAUUUUUGUUUGGGAUCAUGCAGUAUGAUGAUGACUCUCGUCAAUCUUCUCUGAAAAAUACUAGAUACGUCGAUCACGAUGUGGAGAUGUCUGGUACAGUGGAGCCGAUUGCCUUGCACUUCCCUGAUCACCGGGAUAUGACCGAGAGUGAGUUGCGUCACUUCUUUGUCAUGGAGGAGAAGCUCUCAAAGCAGCGCGAUUUGGAGUACAGGAGAACGCGUAGUGUUAAUAUGUGUUGAGUAGACAUGGGGUGUUCUUAAGAUUUAUUUUGUAGUAAGCACGACGAAGCGUUACGGAGUAUGUUUUGAAGAGAUCACGACGAAGUAUUCAGAACAAUGUCUAUGUGUUAGAAAACACGACGAAGUAGUAAGAAGUAUUGUAUCUAUAAGUUAAAAGCCUAGCAGAGUUUUGUACAGUUCAUUGUCAAGUUUAGAAACGAUGCGUUUUUAGUUUUUGAGACUAGUUCAUCAAGUCAAUCUGUGAAAAGAACUAGAGAUAGUUACUAGGCGAUUGAAAAAAUUCUAAGGACACCAGUAGUACGAAAUUUUCUCACUUUUCUAACAGACUGUCAACCACCUCAAGAAUAGGUAAAAUCAUCAUCAACACAGCAUGGAUCAUUUGGCUUUUGGACUGAGACACCAUACUAAAACCGGAUUCAAUGAUGUACUUAACAUAAAAAAAAUCAAAAUCUUGUAAUAUAGUCUAUGACUAUGAGCAGUCUUGCUUCUGAAGUCGGCUGUGUUUUGCUUAGGUCAGGAAGAGUAGUAUCCGUGUAUAAGUACUCAUGGAUUUGGAAUUUAAAGUGCGCGUUUUGCAUUCGAGUCCCACCAAGAUCCAUUUUGCAAUAUUUUUUUUUCAAAAAUGUCAGUGAAGGGGCCGACUUGUUGUAAUGAAUCUAUCUAGCUAUCAAAUACAAAUUACUGAGCAUCGAAUAACAUACGAAGAAGGGGGAAAACCCGAAGUCACUUGUUUUCGUGUGGAGUACGCACGGGAAAAGCCUCUUGAUUUGAUUUGCGUGUAUGUUGUUUUAAAUAAAAGUAUAGACUAAGAUGAACAAAUCGUGAUUCACAUGUUUGUUUUCAUAGUUUUGUAGUUCGCUGUCAGUACAUACUUAGUUUUUUUCAAAAAAAGAAACAGUCCAACGACCUUGCAGACCCAGUCGCUAU